UGUAACUUUGUCCGAAAAGAACAUUCGGUGUUGUCAGCGGAUCGAUUCAAGAACAAGAAUGUGGCAUAAUUUUGUGGUUUUGAUAAUAUUUGUGAUAUUGUUUUGUUUGCGAGAUAUGCGGAAGCCGAGCUAUUUUCCACCAGGUCCCAACUGGUUCCCGCUCAUUGGCAGCGGCCACGAAGUGAUUAAUCUCGUCAAGCGUUUCAAGUUCUACCACCUGAUGUGGGCCGACUUGGCCCGCCGAUACGGGUCAAUCGUGGGCCUCCGGCUCGGGCGCGAUAGAGUCGUCAUUGUCUCGGGGCUGGACGCUAUUCGGGAGGUCUACUCAAAAGAUCAAUUUGAUGGUCGCCCGGAUGGGUUCUUCUUUCGGAUGCGUUCGUUCGAUAAGCGCCUCGGAGUGGUGUUCACCGAUGGCGACAAUUGGGAGAUCCAGAGGCGCUUUUCUGUGAAGACGCUGAAAUCGCUUGGCAUGGGACGGAAUGGAAUGGUAACGAGCUUAGAGAAAGAAGCCGAAGAGAUGAUACAUCAUUUGAGGAAGCUUUCGAGGACGCAGAAAAUGAUUAGUAUGCAUAAUGCGUUUGAUAUUGCGGUGCUGAAUUCCAUUUGGACUUUGAUUGCUGGACAGAGGUUUCAUCUGGACGAUAAAAAACUAGAAUGGAUAAGCGAAACAAUUCAUAAAAGUUUUCGGGUUAUUGACAUGUCUGGUGGAGUGUUGAAUCAGUUUCCUCCUAUCAGAUAUUUGCUUCCUGAAAGGUCUGGAUUUGCUCCACUACUUAAUUUGUUAAGCCCUUUGUGGACUUUUUUGCAGGAUACAAUAAAAUCCAUCAAAUCCAAACUUGACCAACCGGAUAAUCCCGACUGCUUCGUUGCAUCCUACCUACGAGAGUUGGGCAACUCUGGGCGACAUUCCUCCUUCACAAAUGAACAACUCCUAUGUCUGUGUUUGGAUCUGUUUCAAGCUGGGUCGGAGACGACUAGCAACACCCUGGGUUUUGGAAUAGCGUACAUGCUGCACCAUCCUGGAGUAGUGCAGAAGGUGCAUCAAGAGCUGGACAGUGUUGUGGGCCGCUAUCGGUUGCCGUUGCUCGCCGAUCGGCCCUAUCUACCCUACACCGAAGCAGUCCUCUGCGAGAUUCAACGAAUUUCCAACGUGGCUCCUCUCGCCAUUGCCCACCGAACCUUGGCUCCCGUUCAGUUGGGUUCUCAUGUGAUUCCGAAAAACACCAUAACAAUAUGCUCUAUCUACUCGGUGCACAUGGACAAGAUGUACUGGGGCGACCCAGAGGUCUUUCGGCCGGAGCGAUUCCUUUGCGAGUCGGGACAGAAUUUGGUGACCCAUGAAUACUUUCUUCCGUUCGGAUCGGGGAAACGAAGAUGUCUGGGGGAGUCAUUGGCAAAGUCAAGCAUGUUUCUAUUUUUCACGGCCUUUAUGCAUGCUUUCGUCGUUGAACCAGCAGAAGAAGGAAAAUUACCGGAAUUGGGAGGAAUCGAUGGCAUUACUUUAUCUCCAAAUUCAUUUUAUAUUAAACUCAAGGAACGUCUAAUUUAAGAUAGCAAUAAGACUGAUUUUUUUUGACUGAAUUAUUCGUGACAAUUAAUUGCCAUUUUUUGAAAUGUACUUGAACAGAGACUUAUGCAUUA